CCUGAAGCUAUGGCGCGGCUGCCGCCCCCUAUUUCCUAUGAUAACGAGUGACGAGUCAACUACCUAUGCAGCAUCGGCAUUUGCACUAUGCUCUCCGACUUUCUUCGUUCGGUCUGCUCGCGUUGCAGAUCGGUAGUUUGCUUCCUCUUCAGACCCUGGAUUUGGCCACUUGUCUUGAUCAGAGCUACAGGAACAAAGAUCCUUGGGACGCAUGCCGCCGCAACCCACACGCCUCAAGUAGAGGUCAGACACCUUGGACCUGAAUCCAAUCUAGAAUUCCCUGCUGCUACCGACGACCAAUACCACCAAAUCAGGCAAAGCUUCAUUGAAUCGAUAGACUUGGGUUUGAUUUGCGCCCUAGCGUCACGCCACAACAACGGCAAAUCUUGCCAGGUUGUGAACAAGGCCAGCGGCAGCUUUAAUGUUUGCUUCUUCGUCGAUUUUGAUGAUGACUCUGAUGAGGGAACUAAAUGGGUGGUGAGGGUCCCGAUUGAGCCCGCUUUCGACGAUCCCUGGGACAAGUUACUAAGCGAAGUAACGACCAUGCAAUAUCUCGAGCGCAACACUCGCAUUCCCGUCCCUCACAUCCAUGCCUAUGGACGCGACGUCAAAUUGACCAAGGGCAGUACGGGGACGCAGAUGUUCAUCAUCACGGAUCUCGUUCCAGGCCAACCAUUGAAUAGGAAACUCUUGCUUGGAGGCAACGAGGAGCAACGAAGUGAUUUCUUGUCCCAGCUCAUCGAUGUUCUAGCAGAACUUAGGAGGCUCGAGUUCCCGGCAAUAGGUUCCCUGAGGCCGAAUGCUAGCGGCAACUCCUAUCCCGAUCUGGGACAUGUAGGUCCAGUCAUUUCCAUGUCGGCCGCCAUGCUCAGCCAACCAUCUUGGAGAACAGUUGCCUCUGCCACGCUUCGCCAGACGCAUCGUGGUCCAUUUACUUCGGCUGAGGAUUACUUGAGAUAUCAUUUCGGUCUUAUAUCAGACAUGUUUUCGCUGCCGGUUUGUGACCAUACUAUUGAAGAUGUCAAAGAAGAGAUCUUCGCUCUCAACAGUAUGGACCGGAUAUCUCUCCAGGUUAUCGAUCCUCGGUUGGACAAGGGCCCUUUUGUGUUGCAUCAUUUGGACUUACGAAGCGCCAACAUCAUCGUGGACGACAACCUGAGAAUUCAGGGCAUCAUUGACUGGGAGUUUACAAGCACUGUUCCACGUCAGCUCUUCACCCCUCCAUCAUGGAUUACCGGUCACGAUUUAGACGAGACGAACGAGCAGCUACACACCGAGUUCCGCGCCGCUCUCGACGAAAAGAGUGAAACCGAUGGUCUUUGCGACCAACUCAGAAGGGAGUGGUACGGUCAAUCAGAUUCGAACACCGACGAAGAGAGAGGGAAAAUGGACAUGGCAUUCUGGGUUGCUCACGUCCUACGUCGUCCAACCGAUAUCACCGAUAUAUUCUGCAACUUUAUCGCCCAGAAACAAUCGGACAAACCUGUGGAUGAGUUAAUCUCUGAAUUUUUCAAACAGAAUCUGGCGCUGGCUUUAGAGGUCCAAGUUCGUGCGGAACAGUGCGAGCGCUACACAGAGUACUUGAAGAGGAACAGGCUGUAUGAGACCGAUGUGGACAGAUUGCUUGCCGAGUCGAGGGCAUUGAAGGCAAAGUGGGGUUGGUCAUAGAAGCAAGAUAAUGAAUCGAGUUAUUCGUCGCCUCUUA